AUGGGCAAAGUCAGGACCAAGACAAUCAAGCGUGCUGCGCGCAAGAUUGUUGAGAACAAUUACGAAUCACUGAAACCCAAGGAUUUCCAGAACAACAAGGCUAUUUGCUCGAAGAGGAACGUAGCUAUAAUACCAUCCAAGCGCCUGAGGAAUAAGGUUGCUGGCUAUGUCACAACGCUCAUGAAUCGCGUCGUUAAGGGACCCGUCCACGGCAUCUCUCUGAGGCUCCAGGAGGAGGAGCGCGAGCGUAGGGACAACUAUGCCCCAAAGAAGUCUGAGUUUGAUGUAGAGAACAUCACCGUCUCUGGGGCAACGCAGCAGAUGAUAGACUCGAUUGGCUUCAAAUGCAUGUCCACCUCUCUGAAGGUCAUCGACCCAACGAUGAGAAAGAGGGCCAGGGACACCCGGGAGUAA